GGUGACAACAGUGACAACACAGCCCACGUGACAGCGGUUCUUUCCAUUUCCGCAGAGAAAGAGAGAUGUUGAAAACAGCCAAGAGCCAUUCCAGUCUAGAAUGAAUAAGACGGUCGCACACUGAAUAGAAAGAAGAAAACCAUGAAGCGACGAAGCCAACAACACAUGUCAGAGCAACCUCUUGUUCUGUGAAGAGUGAAACAACGAGACCACGCCCACCGGAUAACUUUGGACCAAUCAUCGCGCUGAGUGACGAUUCGCAGCUGCGCAUGCGUCCUGCAGCCGCGCGGGAGAGACCGAAAUCCCAAACAAGGAGAAAUGACAGAGUGAGCUUCUUACUUUGGCUCUGAGGCAGUUUUACACCACAAAGGAGCUGAAGUCCAAGUGGAUACUGAUUCUGCAGUGGCAACAUGGCAGAUGACUUCAGCGAAUCCCUUACCCCACCAGUCUCUCCCUUUAAAUCAGACAGUCUGUGUGAGCUGACUCCAGCCCAUCCGCCCUGCUUCUGCUGCUCCGACAUAAAGGACGACCCCACAGGAGCACUCUCCACUGAGGGGUACACUGCUAGAGGCUCCCUGAAACGGCUGCUCUUACGUCUUGACCCUGCCCCUGCUGAGUAUGAGGCGGACACUGUAGAGAUCUUUGGCUUCCCCUGGGUAACAGAAACAGCACUGGUAGAAUCUACAAAACUGCUCUUUGGUCUUUUAAGACAAAAGGUUUAUAGGCUGGAGACCUUGGUGCAGUCCAGCUCAAGUGACUUUGGUCAAGCAGGCAACCUCCAUUAUGAAGCAGAAGACCUUAGACAACAGUGUGUUUCAUUUCUUCAGUAUGUUAAAGUUUUCCUGCACAGAUACCUGGAGCCUUUUAACGCCAUGGAUACAGGUCAGGCACACUCCUAUGAGGAGCUGGAGGCUCAGCUCCCCUCUGCUGUUCUGGAGGAGCUGUUUGGCAUCACUCUCCUAAUAGGAAGACUCAAAGACCUGCCUGCCAACAUUCAGAGUGCCUUCACUAUAUCCAAUCAGGGGAAGAUUUUCCCCCCCUCUUGGCACUUGUUACACCUUCAUCUUGACAUCCACUGGUCUGUCUUGGAGAUCCUUCACAUACUCGGCCAUAAGAUGCAAGGCCAAGUUGUGUACGCCCACCAGUUUGUGAACCUUACAGGAGAGAACCUGACUGAUACCAGUCUGUUUGAAGAGCACCUGUGCGGUCUGCUGUGUGACCUAACUGGUCUGGCCAUAGGCAAAUACAGCAAGGUGAGGCCUACAGUGGCACUGGGCAGCCAUCACUUCCUCUGCUCCUGCACCAAAGAGCUCUGGGUCCUCCUCAUGCAUCUCUUGGAACAAAGGAAAAAAGUGUUACACACACAGUCGUUCUGGAACUACAUGAACUCUCUGUUGAGGCCGCUGGUUUCAGGGAAGCAAGCCGCAGAGCAGUUCACUGGCCUCCCCACGCACUGCAAGGAUCCUCUAGGAUUUACAUGGUGGCUGGUCACACAUUUAGCAAUGUUGGGGCAGUACAGCCGCAAUGGCACCCUGCAGAAGGAGAAUCAUCUGGGGGACAAUUGGACUUUGGUGGAGGAACUGCUCAAGUUAACCUGCAACACUAAGGGGGGUCUAGCAGAGGAACAGAUCAGGAUGCAUGUCCACUGCUGUCUCAGCCUGAGUCUGCUGUGGGAACCGAGCACCAGUGCUGUCUCCACCCUCUGGGACUACUACAGCAGGAAUCUGAAUUCCUCAUUCACUGUACCCUGGCUCGGGAUAUCCGGUGUUGGCACACUGUACAAGUCACCCCUGGCUUUGUUGGAGCAGGCCCGCUGCUGCUGCCAUCCCUCUGACCUUCACUCCUCGGGACACACCCAGCUCUACUGCUCGGCUAACUCCUUCCACAUCUUCCUCAGAGUGCUCGCCCUGUGCCUGGCCCAGGACAGGGCUGGUGGUGUCGCUCAAAGACAAAUCAAAGGAAGGAUUUAUUCCAAGUUCUCCUCAAAAAAGAUGCAAGACCUGUCAGAGGCCGGCCUCAUGAACUUCCUGCUGCUGUUCCUGGUGGUGGCACGGCAGGUAGAGCUCGAGGAUGUAGCCAGCAGAGCCUCUGAGCUACUGGGUUUCCUUCCCUCUAACUGCCCCCCAGGGCACCGCACCCUGGUCUGGAGGGGACAACUAUCACUGCUGCUGUUGUUUCAGGAGAGAGGUCUGGAUGUGGGUGCUCAGGCCAGUUGGCUGGCCUCCUCCUUCAAUGAGACAGCCAAAGAGUUCUACAAUAAGACCACGGAGGUCUCUCGAAGACUUGCUCUCUGGGGGCCCCUCGGCUCCUACCUGGAGGGUGUAGCAGAAGUUUUCGAGAUGAGCACCAGUCUCGGCCUAUCAGAAGAGAAGCUGCUCAAUGAAGGGUUUGAUUGGUUGUUACCCGCUUGCCGUCUGUCAGAGCUGAAUUCUGCCCUGGGCUUUCUGCAGAUCAUCCUCGCCCAGCUCAGACGGGUCCAUCAGCGCGGUGUCCAGUCAGCAUCCACAUCGGCUUGGGCUCCCGGUAACACCAGUGUGGUGAAAGAGCGCCACCUAGCGGUAGCAGCAAAACUCUGGGCGCACUUCUUUCCUUUCCUGCGCAGCCUACGCCUCUCUCAGACCCCUCCAGCACAGCUGGCAGAUGCUGCUGCAGGCUUCACCCUGUUAGCCUUUGAUCUGCCCAGCUCUGCACCCCAGGAUCUUCAGCCUAACCCAGUCCAGUCCAUCAUGCAAUGCUUUGGUUGGGAUGACAUGGUCCACCCACUUCUGGUGACCCGCUACCUUGCCCAUCUACUUCAAAACAGUGAGCUUCUGGCUUCAAUGAGCAGUAAUUCUGCUGUUGUGGCUGGUUCUGCACAAAGCCUUUCAGUGAGGGCCUGGUUCCGCUGUGUGAUACAGCAGCACCUUCACAAGAACCAAGACGGGUCCGACAGCAAAACAGGCCAGGCUUUGGAGGAACAGCUGAGUGAACUGACUCGACUGGUGCUGAGACUUCCUGAGGUGGACGGUCUAAUACAGAGAGCAGGCCUGCAGCCCUCAGCCACUAGGCAACAACCCUCUUUAGUCCUGGAGAUGUUUGUCAAGGCUGUGGGCAGUGUAUACAGUGGACUGCAAGUUUUGUCUGAGCGUUCAGCCAUGGUGACCAGAGCCCUGGACUAUAUUGGUGACAUCCUGAAACACAUCAAACCCUCUAUAGUCAGCAAGAACCAAGAGGGACUGCACCUGGCCUACUGGGCUGUAGGUUGCAUAGUGAGGCACUGGAGCCCCCUGCUGGCCACAUCUAAAGCUCAGCAGCUGCUAUUUCGCAUUGUGGAUGGACUGCUCCUUCCGCACAACCUCACACAACAGGACAAAGCCCUCAGGGACAGCCUGCCUCUAUAUCUACAGGGUCUGUCAGUUGCCUCCCGGGUGUCUCAGUCGCAGGGAACCUACCUGAAGCAGCAGCUUCGUUCUGUUAUUCGCAGAUAUCUGGACCAUUUCCUCCCCGCCUCACCUUCCGUGGGCAUCAUCGCCAACCACCCUGUGCUUCUGAGUGCCUGUGAGGCCAACCCAACCAGCCAGGGAGUGUCGCUGAGGAGAACAAUUCUGGAAGUGCUCUGUGAAAGCUUCCUGCAGUUUAAAGGUCAUGCCCCUCCGCCUCGGCUAGCGUCAGUCCUGAUGUUCCUCCUGGAGCUUCUGAGAAGAAACAGUGACUCCGACCCCGUCCUCCUCACUCUGCCCCUCCCCGCUCUGCUGCGCUGUGUGAUGCUUGUCAAUGAACCACAGGUGCGGAAGACGAGCACAGACGCCUUGCAGCUUGUAGUGGAGCGAUGUGCUGUGUCAUCCACAGACGGACCAUGUGACCAGAUGAUCGCUGUCCUACGGUCAUUCGUGGCUGAGAAUGAAGGAGUCUACGAUCGGCAGGCAUACAGCGUCCUUGAGACGGUGGCUGUUUUGGAUCCCUGUGUUGUUCAAGCUCUCAUCCCCAACCUGUCUCUAAGUCUAAGAAAUACUGAGCACAAGAGAGGGCUGGGCAAGAACAUUGCCUUGAGGAGUGCCUAUAGGAAGUUGCUGAGCCUUCUCGGGGAGUGUGGGCAGGCAGAGAUGACCAGUCUGGAGGCAGACUGAAAGUUAAAAAAUAUAUAUAAAUAGCUCCAAGACUUGUCGCCAGCUCCGAAAAUGACGUUACUCAUAAAAACCUUCUUUUUGAUGCCAAAUGUCUUCACUUGAUCUUCAGAAAAGGGUGUAACACUGCUUCCUAUGAAGGCAUCUAAGUGUUUCAUGCACUCCCUAAUGUUGAUAGUCCUCCGAUGUAGUAUACUAUGAAAACAUCAUGAGUUUAAGUAAAUGUGAAUUUUCAAAAAUGCUUAUUUUUUCUCAUCUGUUACCCUGAUAUGUCCCUUUGUAUACUGAAUAUCACAGGAUGUAUGUAUGUAUGUAUGUACUGUACAGAUAAUAAAAAGGGUGCAAUUUAGCAUCCAUUGUCAAUGAAAUAAAAUGUGACAAUACAUGUGAAAAGCUCA